CGCCAUCUUGGUAAACACACAGACAGGUGAAAUGAUGGAGGGAUUUUGACAACUGGAAAACUUUCCCUGAAAACACUUGGUGGGAAAUGAGCUUGGGAGAAAUUGUCACCCUCAAUGUUGGUGGAAGAAAAUUCUCGACUUCUAAGCAGACACUGACGUGGAUUCCAGACUCAUUUUUCUCUAGUUUACUAAGUGGGCGAAUUUCAUCUCUAAGAGAUGAAACAGGAGCGAUAUUUAUUGACAGAGAUCCAGAAGCCUUUGUUCCCAUAUUGAAUUUUCUAAGAACCAAAGAACUUGAUGCAAGAGGGUUAGACUUAAGGGUAAUCAAACAUGAAGCUGAGUUUUAUGGGAUCACUCCUCUAGCCAAGAGGCUAGCCUUAUGUGAAGAGGUAUCCAAUUCCAAAUGUGGCAAUGUGUUGUUCCAUGGAUAUCUCAACACUCCAGAGUUUCCAGCUCCUCCUGUGUCAAGGCACUCAUCAUCAGCUGCCCUCACAAGGAGAAGCUCUACAUCAACUGUAAUAAGCACCUCUCGUUAUGAACCUGACACUGCAAGCUACCGAGAUGUUGGUGUCAGAGAAGUCCCUGAUGAUAAUGAAGGUGCUGUUGUUAUGGAUGUAGACCCAAGGAAAGUGUUGAUGGUGAUAGGACACCACAGUUUUGUUGCCGUAGCUUUUGCACAUUCUGUUUUUUGUUACCGAUCCAAAGAUUCAGUUGGCUGGGAGCUUAUUUUCUCUACUCCUUAUCUGCAUAACACUGUGGAAAGAAUGGCUUUGAAUGCAAAGGUGUCAUCCAGUUCUUUUGGAGACAAAAUGCUGGCAGUUUCAUCAGAGGGUAGAAUUCGGUUAUGGAGCUUUAACACAACUGACCACACUCAAGAUGUUGUGAAAUUUGAAAUUGGGACCUUUGAUCUUGGUGUCACUGUAGAUGCUCUGUUUUUCAUUGGAAGCCAACUUGUAGCCACAAGCCACACAGGAAAAAUUGGGGUGUGGAAUUCAAUGACACAACAUUGGCAGAUCCAAGAAGUGACGCCGAUUUCCAGCUAUGACACCGCUGGUUCCUUCCUUCUUCUUGGCUGUACAAAUGGCUCUAUUUAUUACAUUGAUAUGCAAAAGUUUCCACUGAGAAUGAAGGAUAACGACCUUCUGGUUACAGAGCUGUAUAAAGAUCCUAAUGAAGACAUGGUGACUGCACUCAGUGUGUAUUUAACACCCAAGACAUGUUUAAGUGGUAACUGGAUUGAGAUCGCAUACGGUACAAGCUCGGGAACGGUACGAGUGAUCGUUCAACAUCCCGAGACAGUAGGCCACGGACCACAGCUCUUCCAGACAUUCAUGGUACAUCGGAACCCAGUUAUAAAAGUCAUGCUAAGUGAGAAAAACCUUGUCUCCAUUUGCUCCGAGUAUAACCAUGUGCGCUCGUGGAACGUGACGCGUUUUCGGGGCAUGAUCUCCACGCAACCAGGUUCCACGCCCCUCGCAUCUUUUAACGUAGUUUCUCUCGAGGCGCAGGACGCUCAUCCAAGUUCCUUAGCUGGUAAUGGCAUCGGCCCCUUCGGCGAGCGUGAUGAUCAACAAGUGUUCAUUCAGAAGCUCGUACCUGACACCGAUCACGUGAUUGUGCGUUUCUCCUCCACAGGAAAAAGGGUCUGUACGAUACGUUCAGUGGACGGCAGCAACAUCACUUCAUAUUGUGUACAUGAAUGUGAUGCUUCUAGUCGAAUGGGAUCCAGACCCCGGCGGUUCCUGAUAACGGGACAUUCGAACGGAUGUAUACAAAUGUGGGACUUGACAACUGCUUUAGAAAUUGCAACCAAAACCACAGGAGAAAACUCAGCCGAACGCGACGAUAUUGGCAAUGUCACGCAAGGCGAACUGUUAAGAACAUUAGAGCAAUGUGACCUCAGUGCUUCACGCUGUACCACUCCCUCCAUGUCGCCUGCCACGUCACUCCUGCACACAAAUCUCACGGGCUCACGACUAAAGCUUUCUUACUCAUGGCCCAGUUUGGGCGAAGAUGACCGCGAGGAGGCUGAAGGCAGUGGUGGAAAGUCCAAGUACGGAAUUCUAGUGUCGCAAUGUUAAAAUGUUGGAUGUAUUGAAAACACCUUACAAAUAAUUGGGAAUAUUAACAUAAUUUACAGCCAGAACAGGCUCUAAACAUAAAGUACGGAAUAUUUGAACCUGACACCUUUGUAUUCGAUUUUUUUUUUCAAUGGCUAGACGCUGAAUUCAUUAAUUGUUCAAAGACUCAAACACGAUUGGAAUAAAAUUUUCCCUUUCCUCGGUUACCGCUUCGGUUAUCGCUCAAUUGGUCGUCGCCCCGUGCUUAAAAGAAUCCGUCAAUUCUUAGUUAAAUGGCAUUAAAGAGGUAAGUAGUAAGGUAAUCGACCUUGAUCACACCGAAGUUAAGUUUUGUUUGUGGGAAUCACCACCUGACUUUACUUAUUGCUGUCACCCCUACUAAUUCUCACGGUAGCAAAAAUCACUUUCCAUGUAGUUAACUACCAUGUCAACCAAAACCUUGUUUUAAAUGCGAAGGAAUAAUAUUCCACGACUGGCUUUCUGUUUCGACAACUAAUGCCAGUAACUCUCUUGGACAUAUUUGAAAAUUUCCAUCACUAAUGAAAAGGUUAUGUUUAACACUUUAACUCCCAAGAUCUGAUAAGUUAUCUCCUUCAAAGUGUAAUAGUGUUGUCAAUUUGGUGUUUUAUUAAGAUUACACCCUCUAAUUGAUGAGUUUGUGUCUUCUCAUGACUCAUUUGCAGGGGUAUGUAUUGAUUGAAAAAGAAUUUAAAUGCCAAUCACAAUCACAUCUGGGAGUUGAAGUCUCAUAUUUUGUUGUCGCGACAGUUGCAACUGAUUUAUAAUUCAUAGAUUGUUGGGUCGGAUUUUACAUUUUGGAGUUGAAAUUCCGUAAAUUGUUAGUAAAUGACACGGAGCCGGCGUGGCAUGGCACGGGGUUUUCCAGAGCGUUUUCUUCAACCAACAAGUCACGUUUACUUCGAACAACUGGCAUUUACAGAAAAAAGUUGUGAAACUUAAUGAAGCCAGUUUGACUUUAGGAUAACUUUAUUUAAAUACUGACUUUCUGAUUGGUUUGGUUUCCCAUCGCAGAAAUUGUUAAUUUAUUGAAAUAAAAAUGUGCGAUGAACUUAA